AUGACAGAGCAGUUAGAGGACUUCAAGAAAGGGCAGCCGGAACCGCCGCCGAGAGUAAUAACUACUUCCAAUGGCGUUCCUAUUUUCAACAAAACUAAUGUGCUCACUGUUGGACCGAGAGGCCCACUCCUCAUGCAAGAUGUUAUCUACAUGGAUGAAAUGGCCCAUUUUGAUCGCGAACGGAUCCCGGAGAGAGUGGUUCACGCCAAAGGAGGAGGUAAGCUCUUCAUUUUUAAUCGAAAACUCCCAUGA